AGAACACUGCAGCUCCUAGAUUCUGGGAAUCUAGUACUAAAAGAGGAUGACUCUGAAGCGACAUACCUGUGGGAAAGCUUCCAGAACCCAACAGACACGUUUCUUCCCGGCAUGAAAAUGGAUGCGACUUUGUCGUUGACUUGUUGGAGAGACUCCUCUAACCCAGCACCUGGGAACUUCACCUUCAAGCUGACUCAAAAGGCUGAGACACGGAGCUUCGUUGUGCAAUAUCAAUCACAAAUCCACUUGGCACUUGAUGAAUAUGACACAGAAGCGGCUUCCCAGAAGGUAUUUAAUUUGUUGAACAACGACAUCUGGAGUGCUAAAACGUAUAAUUAUUCUAACAAAACACUAUUCGUAUCAAAACCUUAUGUGUACUAUAAAUCAAGGCUUUUGAUGAAUUCUAGCGGGGAGAUAGUGUUUCUGGAGUGGGAUGAGGCAGAAUCAAAUUGGACUAAGAUAUGGUCGGCGCCAGAGAACAACUGUGACCUACCUGACUAUUGUGGGAGCUUCAGCCUAUGUAACAGAGAUAACUUCAUUCAGUGCAAAUGUUUGCCAGGAUUCAGUCGUAUUCAUGAUUCUCGUUCUGAUGGAGAAUCCGAGUCCAAAGGAUGUGUGAGAAAAUCAGGAUCGUGUACCAACAAGGACGUGAUGUUCCUGAACUUAACCAAGAUAAAAGUGGGCGACCCAGACCAACAAAUUUAUGCUCAAACAGAAGCAGAAUGCCAAUCCAUCUGCAUCGACAUGUGUCCCGAAUCACAGUGCCAAGCCUAUUCAUUUAAUAUUUCGACCAAUCGCGACGAUAAUUUAUACUCGUGCAGAAUCUGGACGCGGCCUUUACCUUCUCUUGUUGAGAAGUACGCGCGCGGUAGUGAUCUUUCUAUCUUGGUUAAAACAUCAGAUAUAGCACCAACUGCUAAAUCGUGUGAACCUUGCGGCACAUAUGUCAUUCCCUAUCCGCUGAGCACUGGACCAAACUGUGGAGACCCCAUGUACAACAAGUUCAAUUGCGACAAUUCCACUGGCAAAGUUAGUUUUAUGAUUCCCGGACGUAUAUCAUACCCAGUAACUUGGAUCGAUGAAGAUUCCAGAAUGUUUGCCAUUCAAACAGACGAUUUCUAUUCCUUCAAUUACAGUUUCAGCAGUCAGAAUAGCACUGAUUUUCCGUUUAAGGUAGCUCAGUACAAUGAAGAUGCCGUAAUAAAAAUCAGUUGGUUACCAGCGCCAGAACCCCCCUGUAGUCAGCGUACAGACUGCAUUAGUUGGCCAAAUUCAACAUGCAGAGCAACAGGGGAAGGUGGAAGUAGGUGCCUUUGUAAUUCAAACUAUAAAUGGAAUAACACAUUAAUGAGCUGCACCCAAGAGCAAUCAGGAAAUCACUCAACUCGACUAGAACUGAUUCUUUUAGCAACUCUUGGUUCCCUGGCUGCUGUGACAUGCAUAAUAGCUUUUGGCUUCGUGUGGAGAAAGAAAAAGCCCCGUAAACAUGACCGAGCAAGCACCCGAAUUCAGGAGAGCUUGUAUGAGAGUGAAAGACAUGUGAAAGGUUUGAUUGGCUUAGGAAGUUUAGAAGAAAAAGACAUCGAAGGCAUUGAAGUUCCCUUUUACACUUUUGCAAGCAUUCUCGCAGCUACAGAUAGUUUCUCGGAUUCUAACAAGCUUGGAAGAGGAGGUUAUGGACCUGUUUAUAAGGGAACGUUUCCAGGAGGUCAAGAAAUAGCUGUAAAGAGACUUUCAAGUGUUUCCACUCAAGGCCUGCAAGAAUUCAAAAAUGAGGUUAUUUUGAUUGCCAAACUUCAACAUCGGAACCUUGUUAGACUGAGGGGCUACUGCAUAAAAGGGGAUGAAAAAAUCUUACUUUAUGAAUACAUGCCAAAUAAGAGUUUGGACUCAUUUAUAUUUGACCGUAGUCGAACUAUACUGUUGGAUUGGCCGAUGCGGUUUGAGAUAAUAGUAGGCAUAGCACGAGGCAUGCUAUACCUUCAUCAAGACUCUAGAUUGAGAGUGAUUCAUAGAGACAUGAAAACCAGCAACGUUCUCUUAGACGAGGAAAUGAAUCCAAAGAUAUCUGACUUUGGUCUUGCCAAAAUAUUUGGAGGAAAAGAAACUGAAGCAAGUACAGGGAGAGUGAUGGGAACCUAUGGAUACAUGGCUCCAGAGUACGCUUUGGAUGGACUUUUUUCAGUGAAAUCUGAUGUUUUCAGUUUUGGAGUGGUCCUACUGGAGAUUCUUAGUGGAAAAAAGAACACAGGAUUCUAUGAGUCCAAACAAAUUUCUAGCCUUUUGGGUUAUGCAUGGAAAUUAUGGUCAGAGAACAAGAUACUGGAUUUAAUGGAUUCUAGUCUUGGUGAAACAUGCAACGAAAAUCAAUUUUUCAAAUGUGCAGUUGUUGGAUUAUUAUGCAUACAAGAUGAACCAAGUAAUCGACCAACUAUGUCAAAUGUUUUGUACAUGCUUGACGUAGAGACAACAACCAUGCCAAUUCCCACGCAGCCAACAUUUUUUAUGAACAAGCGUUAUUCAAGUUCAGCUUCUUCUUCUAGUAAACCAGAAACAAGUCUGCAA